UCAAAAACUGAUACUAUGUGGGAAUGCAUAAAGAUGUCACGAGUGGUGCGUGGAUGUACAGGUGUGAAUCCCAGUAUGCAGAGGCAAGACACUUCCAGCUAUCUAAUGAUGUCUGCUUUUGGGUUUCGCCUGGUGGUCUUAAUGGCGUCUCUGUGCCCUGGAGACUUCAUGUUCAUCAAAGACCCUCUGGCAUUUAUGAAGGACAAAUCUCUGACAUCUGACAUGUGUUCAGAGUGCAGCCACAUCAUCCAGCUCUCUGCUAAUAUGAUUUCCAGCAAAGAUCGUAAGGAGCAUGUGUAUGAAACCUUGCAUGCACUCUGCCAACACCUCCCAGAUAACGAGGCCUCCGAUUGUGACUCUCAGCUAAAGGUGUAUUUGCCCAAAAUCCUGCGACAAACACUCGGUCAAAAUGAAGUGAAAGCAACCUGUUCAGCUUUUGGGCUGUGUGCGGCCCACAACGACGAGGAAGGGAAACUUUUCCAACGUGACACCGUGAGAGAUAUAACUGCACUCACCCACACUCAUGAACAAUUCAACCCAGUGUGCACCCUGUGCCUGCUUGUUAUCAAGAAACUGGAGACUAUGUUGCCCCAGAAUAUGACUGAGGAUGCUUUAAUGAAGCUCAUGGAUGGGGUUUGCGAUCUCCUUCCUCUUAGCUACAAGACCCAGUGUGAUGACUUUGUUGACAAAUACGGUGUACAGAUAGUUGAGUUCCUGCUUUCGUCGGCCGCCCCUCAUACCAUAUGUAUGCUCCUACAUCUCUGUUUGUUCAGGGACUCACCUGCUCCAGAGCUGCCCGUCCCCUCAGACUGCGAGUCGUGCCGCACACUGGCUAUGCUGAGCCGACUUCACCUGGGUCUCAAUGCCACGCAGUCUCAGACAUCCUCUUUCCUCCAGUCUGUCUGUGGUCAACACCACAAUGCCAUACCAAAGUGUGAGGCUUUCACCAAAAUCUAUGGCACACAACUGCAGCAGGGUUUAGGAAACCAGGCGGACCAUACAGACGUUUGUGAAAACCUGGCCUUUUGUGAGAAGCACAAGUGAAUAGCUCAAUCAACUAGCUGUGCAAACACAAUCAUAAAAUCUUCUCCUGUGACAUAUUUUAAACUGUUUUAUGAAAAGUGCUUUUGUUUGGAGAUUUUCUAAAUUUGGUCUUCACGAAAAAGUGAACUAGAACAAGUGUGUCUGGGAUUCAAUUGCAACUACCACAUUUUCAGGGCCGUAUGUAUACUGAAUUAACGAAUGUGUACAAUUUACAUACAGCUGAUUAAACAUUGACUGAAAGCUUUACAGAAGAACUAACAUUUUUUUAUUUGGUAAGAUGUACAAAAUACAGGUAGAAGCAUGUUUAUUUAAAAACUUUUACACAAUAAAAAUACAAACUGGAGAAAAAAAAAAGUAGAUGAUUGAGAUUUUUUUGUGUAUGCAACU